AUGUAUUUAGACUUGCACAUAGUAGCAUAUAAUAUAGAUGGGAUAGCUAGUACUCCGUCUAUACAAAAACUUCACAGUUUGUUAGAAUUUAUCGAAAAAAAUAAUAUCAAUAUUAUGGCUAUAUCAGAAACUAAUAUAGACUAUUGUCAGGAAUAUUUUAUAAACCAAGAUAUUAAGUCAAAGGAUAAAUCAAGCCCUAUCUCGAUAUCAAGAAUUGAUCAAAUUUGGAUCAUACAUGAAGCCGAUGUUAUUCCAGUAGAAUUCUCGGUGCACUCAUCACAGAUGAUCACAAAUAGCCAUCAUAGUAUUAUUUCAACAACGGUAAAUAUAUCAGGAUUUAUUAUUAAGAACAACUUCUGGUAUUGUGUCCUAGAUCAGAUACAGGAUUUAAACUUAGAUGAUAGACAUCAGAAUAAUCGCAUAGUAGACAUCAGUAAAAUAACUAAUUUACAAUGGGAGAAUUUUACUGAAAUACUGGACAGAAAAAUAGAGGCAUGGGACUUUCAACAAUUAAUCGAUAAAUUCAAUUAUAAAAUACAAUUAGGAUAUAAAACGAACGAUGAUGGAGAAAAAAUAAGAUGUAGAUUUAAUGAGCUUUGGAAUAAUAUCAUGAGCACAAUAUCAAUAGCGGUGAAUAUAGAGCUGCCUACGAAGAUAGUUAAAUAUCUGGAAAGUCGUAAUACAAGACAUAAAUUAUCAUUUGUAGAUAAAACCAUGCGACAUACCAUUAAACUGGAAAGUUUAAUGAGGAAAAUAAGCAAGGAUCAGGAUUUCAUUGACAAUAAAGAUGAUAAAUGGAUUAAUUUUUGGAUAAAUAGAAUCAAUAAAUACAACAAAGAUUACAACAGGAUAGAAUAUGAUAAAUUUAUUGAUAAUCAUAAAGAAAUUACUAUUCCUACAAAUAGUCUCUUCAGUAACACAUGGAUAAAGAAUGCUAAAAAAGUGUUUAAAAAGAGAGUCAAAAUAGAUAAAAACUAUUUACAAGCGCAACGGCUAUGUAAGAUCCAAGAUAGUAUAGAAAAUCAGUGCAACAUAAUACACUCAGAUAUCCCUAAAUGGUUACACUCCCCACAAGAUAACGUUAAAGAACACAUUGUCAUUGAUAGAGCAGUAAUUUCUAAUGAGAAUGAAGGUGUUAGAUUAGCUUUUGAUCCUGAUACAAUUAGAACUCAUGCAAAAGAUACUUUUGCAGGAAUUUUACGAAAAUGCAAUACUAAGUCAAUAGAACAGAACGUUUUCUGGAGUAAUAUAUAUAGGCCGAAAGGGGAAUUCACUGAAUCGCAAGGUCCUUCAGGCAUUGGAUAUGCUAUAAUUAAACAUUUCUCAGAAAAAUCUAAUUAUAUUUUAUUAAAAUUCAUUAAUCUGUCCUUGAAAAUAGGAGUUGUGUCAGACCAGUGGAAGCAGUCACCUAUCCACCUAAUUCCAAAACCACAAAAAUUCAAUUAUAUUUUGGCAACACGCGUCCCAUAG